GGGCAUUAGAAGGGCAGGUGGAGCCGGUGGCAUCGAUCGGAUCGGAUCGCAGUAACCCGAUCCUGAGGGGGAGGUGGCAGCCACAGCGGCUUCAGCGCCACUGCUGGCCUGGCUGGGAAGGCAGUGGCCUGCAGCGGAGGGCUGGGCUGGGAAGCGCUGGGGCUGGGGCCCGGGUCGGCAGCCACUGCCUCUUCUGCUGGCACAUCUAUUUUUAAUGAGCUCCCCGGGCUUCUGCAGCGGGCAGGACGCAGACAGGGAGGCCCAGGCAGUGGAGGCCCGAGGCCCCAGCCCUGCCCUGAGCCCUGGCCUCCCAACCUUUCUGGGCAUGAGAGGGUGGCCCUGGGGCCCUGCAGCCCCCCAGCUGGGCAGGGCUCUCCAUGAAGCUGGUGCUGAAGAUGGAUUCCAGCCCAGACAAUGACAGCUGGUUGGAGGAUCAGUGGGAGCGCUGGCUCACCCAUGACAUCAGCUUGGAGGAGUUUGAGGAUGAAGACCUCUCAGAGAUCACCGAGGAGUGUGGCAUCAGCCUGCAGUGCAAAGAUACUCUGUCCUUGCGGCCCCCGCGCGCGGGGCUGCUGUCUGGGGGCGGCGGCGGCGGCGGCGCGGGGAGCCGACUGCAGGCCGAGAUGCUGCAGAUGGACCUGAUCGACGCGGCGGGGGAUACUCCCGGCGCCGAGGACGACGACGACGACGAGGAGCGCGCGGCGCGGCGGCCGGGAGCGGGGCCGCCGGAGGCCGAGCCCCGCCAGGAGCCGGCGCCCCGCGGCCAGGGCCAAGGCCAGGGCCAGGGCGGCGGGGACACUUACCGACCCAAGCGGCCUACCACGCUCAACCUCUUCCCGCAGGUGCCGCGGUCUCAGGACACAUUGAAUAAUAAUUCUCUGGGCAAGAAGCACAGUUGGCAGGAUCGGGUGUCUCGGUCAUCCUCACCCCUGAAGACUGGGGAGCAGACGCCGCCACAUGAGCACAUCUGCCUGAGCGAUGAGCUGCCACCCCCGAGCAGCCCCACGGCCACCAAGGACCGAGGCACCUCCACUGACAGCCCUUGCCGCCGCAGCACCGCCACACAGAUGGCCCCUCCCGGCGGCCCCACGGCUGCCCCACCGAGCAGCCGGAGCCACUCGCAUCGAGACCGCAUCCACUACCAGGCCGACGUGCGGCUAGAGGCCACCGAGGAGAUCUACCUGACGCCAGUGCAGAGGCCGCCAGACCCCCCGGAGCCCAGUUCUGCCUUCCUGCCCCCGGCAGAGAGCCGGAUGUCUGUCAGCUCCGAUCCAGACCCUGCCGCCUACCCCUCUGCGGUGGGCCGGCCGCACCCCUCCAUCAGCGAGGAGGACGAGGGCUUCGACUGCUUGUCGUCCCCGGAGCGGCCCGAGCUGCAGGGCGGAGGCUGGCGGGGCAGCCUCGGGGAGCCGCCGCCACCCCCACGGGCCUCGCUGAGCUCGGACACCAGCGCGCUGUCCUACGACUCGGUGAAGUACACCCUGGUGGUGGACGAACACGCGCAGCUGGAGCUGGUGAGCCUGCGGCCGUGCUUCGGGGACUACAGCGACGAGAGCGACUCGGCCACCGUCUACGACAACUGCGCCUCCGCCUCCUCGCCCUACGAGUCGGCCAUCGGGGAGGAGUACGAGGAGGCCCCCCGGCCACGGCCCCCUGUCUGCCUCUCUGAGGACUCCACACCAGACGAGCCUGACGUCCACUUCUCCAAGAAGUUCCUGAACGUCUUCAUGAGUGGCCGCUCGCGCUCCUCCAGACUGAGAGCUUGCUGCCUGACCCCACCCGCCAAGCGGAGUGGGUCCGUUCUCCUCCAGCUCGGCCCCUCGCUUCCAGGUGCCGAGUCCUUCGGGCUCUUCUCCUGUGUCAUCAAUGGGGAGGAGCAGGAGCAGACGCACCGGGCCAUAUUCAGGUUUGUGCCUCGACACGAGGAUGAGCUGGAGCUGGAGGUGGACGACCCCUUGCUGGUGGAGCUGCAGGCCGAGGACUACUGGUAUGAGGCCUACAACAUGCGCACGGGCGCCCGGGGUGUCUUCCCCGCCUACUACGCCAUCGAGGUCACCAAGGAGCCCGAGCACAUGGCAGCCCUGACCAAAAACAGCGACUGGGUGGACCAGUUCCGGGUGAAGUUCCUGGGCUCCGUCCAGGUUCCCUACCACAAGGGCAAUGACGUGCUCUGUGCUGCUAUGCAAAAGAUCGCCACCACCCGCCGGCUCACCGUGCACUUUAACCCGCCGUCCAGCUGCGUCCUGGAGAUCAGCGUGCGGGGCGUGAAGAUCGGCGUCAAGGCUGAUGAUUCGCAGGAGGCCAAGGGGAAUAAAUGUAGCCACUUUUUCCAGUUAAAAAACAUCUCUUUCUGUGGAUACCAUCCAAAGAACAACAAGUACUUUGGGUUCAUCACCAAGCACCCUGCUGACCACCGGUUUGCCUGCCACGUCUUUGUGUCCGAGGAAUCCACCAAAGCCUUGGCAGAGUCCGUGGGGAGAGCGUUCCAGCAGUUCUACAAGCAGUUCGUGGAGUACACCUGCCCCACGGAAGACAUCUAUCUGGAGUAGCCGCGUGGCCCCGCUCUCUCCACCCCCGGGGCCCGCGCCGGAACAGUCGGCUGCCGACAGGACGCAGCACGCUAGCAGAGGGGCGCCCGUCACCCCCAGAGGACGGGGAAGUCGGGGCCUCUGGCCAAGGGUGGGGGAGGGCGGGGUUUCGGGGAGAGGCAAAUGCAGUUUAUUGUAAUAUAUGGGACUAGAUUCAUCUAUGGAGGACAAAGCAGGCUGCCCAGGGAUUGGGAGGGGGCGGGCCUGGGGGAGGGGGUAGCGUCAGGCCCCUGGCCCGGAAGGAUGCCCAUUGUAGGAGCGGAGGGCUUCGGCCCAUCCUGGGCAUCACUUCCUCUGCCGGGGCCUCUGGCUCUCCGGCUGUGGCUCCUGCUUUCACAAAGCCCAUGCCACUUGCCAGCGUUCCCUCCACCCCAUCCCCAACUCCCAACCCCAACUGAAGGCCCUGAGCUCAUGCUGAGCCCAGCCACCUCCCAAGGACUUCGCAGCAGGUGGGGGGGUGCAGUCCCUGUUCCUGGCUCUGUUACCUGGGUGGUCUCUGGGUGGCCAUCACGCUGGCCACUGACACGUGUGGGGCCUCACCAGGGAAGGAGAGUGCUGCGGCAGGGCCCCAACCCGGCAGGAAAAGGCGGCUCCCGGAUUGGCCUGGGCCAGCCAGGGCCUCUCAGCUGCUUCGGCUGUAGCCUCAGCUUGGUCCUGUCAUCCUGGCCACAACUAUUAAAGUGCCAUUUCCUGUC